UGGGCCUUGCGCCUGCCUGGCUGCGGCUCCUCGCCUCCUCCUCCUCUCAUUCUCCCUCGCGGGCAGGCGCCGCCGACCCUUCCUCAGUGCGGGUGCCGGUGUGGUCGUGGCGCGGGGCCUCUCUCUCAGUCGGCCUCCCCGCUUUUUGCGCUGAGGCGCCGACAGAGCGGCGGGAAAGGAGAGAGGAAGGGGCGCUGAGGAGAAGAAGAGCGGCGGGGAAGCGGCUCCUCCAUCCCCCACCCCCGCCACCUACCUCAGGUUUCAUCCCGUUUCUCCUCAGAAAUAAAGAGGCGGCGCUUCGUCCCUCCCCCCCCUCAAACGGUUAAUUUUUUGGAAAAAAAAUCGCCCCUCCCUUCAUCUCCCCCCCGACCCGCCUCAGGCUUUUGUUGUGUGCGGGGGGGCCCCUUACCUUCCCCCCUCCCCGCCUCUGGGUAGGGAGUCGGGGGUCUCCCGGAGGAGGAUGAGGCGAGGCGAGGCCGGCGCGGGAUGCCCCCUCCAGGCGGACGCCCCCAGGACGCGCCGGGGCCGCUGAAGAGGAGGAGCAGGCGGCGGCGGCGGAGGAAGACCACCACCGCCGGGUCCUCCAGCGAGAGGCGGCAGAGCGGGCAGGAGGAAGAGGAGCCGCCGCGAAGGGCAGCGCCGCCGCCGCCGCCGCUGCUGUGGGCGGGAAGGGGCUGGGAGGCGCCGCCGCCCCUCGCUCUCCCCGCAAGCAGGAGGAUGAUGAAGUCCUCUUUGCAUGCAGAAGAGGAUGAUUUUGUGCCAGAACUUCAGAGAAGCAUUCAUCCCCGUGAAAGACCAGAUUGGGAAGAGACUCUCAGUGCAAUGGCAAGAGGAGCAGACAUCCCUGAGAUUUCAGGAGAACUACCAUUGCGGACAUGUGGCAGCACAGCUAGCAUGAAAGUGAAGAAUGUGAAAAAAUCUACCAAUCCUGGACUGAUGGGCUGUGAUUCCUUUCACAGGUUAUCCUUUACCAAGGGCCACUUUCCAAAGAUGGCAGAAUGUGCACACUUCCAUUAUGAAAAUGUAGACUUUGGCAAUAUACAGCUUUCGCUCCCAGAGGAACAGAAUGAAGUAACAAGGAAUGGUUGUGAAUCCAAGGAACUAGUUUAUCUUGUACAGAUCUCUUGUCAGGGCAAGAGCUGGAUUGUGAAGCGCAGCUAUGAAGAUUUCAGAGUGCUUGAUAAGCAUCUUCACCUGUGUAUUUAUGACCGACGCUUCUCCCAGCUCUCGGAGCUACCCCGCUCCGAUGCUUUGAAGGACAGCCCAGAGCUUGUCACCCAGAUGCUGAUGGCUUACCUGUCACGACUCUCAUCCAUUGCUGGAAACAAGAUAAACUGUGGUCCUGCCCUCACCUGGAUGGAGAUUGAUAACAAGGGGAAUCACCUUCUAGUCCACGAGGAAUCAUCCAUUAAUGUCCCUGCUAUUGCGGCUGCCCAUGUUAUUAAAAGAUACAUUGCUCAGGCAGCAGAUGAACUUUCCUUUGAGGUGGGAGACAUUGUGUCAGUCAUUGACAUGCCUCCAAAAGAAUUGACCACUUGGUGGAGGGGAAAGCAUGGAUUUCAGGUGGGAUUCUUUCCUAGUGAAUGUGUUGAGCUAAUUAAUGACAAAGUUCCUCAGUCUAUGACCAAUUCUGUGCCAAAACCAGUCUCCCCUGCCCAUGGAGCCCGUCCAGCGUCCUGGAGCUACUUCCCCCCUUAUUUGGAGAUGGAUAGUGUAAAGCCAGGUUCAGCAUGUGUUUCAGAGCCUCUGAACUAUUCCCAGCUGAGCUCAGUGUCAAAAAAACACGGCAAGCUUAUUACUUUCCUGCGCACAUUCAUGAAGUCUCGGCCAACAAAACAGAAACUGAAGCAACGUGGGAUCUUAAAAGAGAGGGUAUUUGGCUGCGACCUUGGAGAACAUCUUCUCAACUCUGGUCAUGAUGUCCCUCAGGUUCUCAAGAGUUGCACUGAAUUCAUUGAAAAGCAUGGCAUUGUGGAUGGAAUAUACCGUCUAUCUGGGAUUGCAUCGAAUAUCCAGAAACUACGGCAUGAGUUUGACUCUGAGCAAAUCCCUGACUUGACAAAAGAUGUAUACAUUCAGGAUAUACAUUGUGUGGGCUCGCUCUGUAAGCUCUAUUUCCGAGAACUCCCAAAUCCUCUGCUCACCUAUCAGCUCUAUGAGAAAUUUUCAGAUGCUGUGUCUGCUGCUACAGAUGAAGAACGAUUAGUCAAAAUCCAUGAUGUCAUCCAGCAGUUACCCCCACCUCACUACAGGACUCUGGAGUUCCUAAUGAGGCAUUUGGCUCACCUCGCUGAUUACUGUGCCAUCACCAACAUGCACACAAAGAACUUAGCGAUUGUCUGGGCACCAAAUCUGCUGAGAUCAAAGCAGAUAGAAUCUGCUUGCUUCAGUGGAACGGCUGCUUUUAUGGAGGUGCGAAUUCAGUCAGUGGUUGUGGAAUUCAUUCUCAAUCAUGUGGAUGUCCUUUUUAGCUCCAAACUAAGCUCUGUGAUUCGAGAAAGUGCAGGUCACAGUUCCUUGUCACGGCCGAAAUCCCUGCUGGUGUCUUCGCCCUCCACAAAGCUGCUCACCUUGGAGGAAGCACAAGCAAGAACUCAGGCCCAGAUAAACUCCCCAAUCGUGGCAGACAGCAAGUACAUUGAAGUGGGUGAAGGACCUGCUGCUCUGCAGGGAAAAUUCCACACAAUCAUAGACUUCCCAUCUGAAAGAAAGAGACCACCCAGUAAGAUGAAGAAAUCUCCUGUUGGCAGCUGGCGCUCCUUUUUCAACCUGGGGAAGUCGUCUUCUCUCUCCAAACGGAAGCUGCAGCGCAACCCAAGUGAGCCCUCCGAAAUGAAGGCAAUAGCCCUUGCAGGAGGGCGAGGAGACAGUGGGACCCUGCGCUCAGCUAAGAGUGAAGAGUCCCUCUCGUCUUUACAUGCUAUAGAUGGUGAAUCUAAACUGUUUCGACCCCGAAGACCAAGGUCUAGCAGUGAUGCGUUGUCUGCUUCCUUUAAUGGGGAGCUCCUGGGAAACAUGAACCGCUGCAAUUCCUAUGAUAACGUGCCACAUGGCCACGAGAGUGACGGGGAUGAGGGGCAUAUCCACGUUCCAGCCCUCAUCUCUCCAAGGUCAGCAGAAGACGUUGACCUGAGCCCACCUGAGAUCGGUGUGGCUAGCCUGGAUUUUGAUCCCAUGUCUUUUCAGUGCAGCCCACCCAAGGCAGAGUCUGAGUGUCUUGACAGCAGCACCUCCCUGCUGGAGUCAGUGGACUUUAACAAAGAUAAGCAAAACACCUUUAAGAAGGAACUAGACUCGGGCAGCCAGUCGCACACCCCUGGCAGCGCCACCAGCUCAGAACCAGUUUCCCCCUACCAGGAGAAGACCAUGAGUCCUUUCUUCACUCUGGACUUGAGCCCAACAGAAGAGAAACAGUCCAAACCCAUAACUUUCUCUGAAAAUGUCGCCCAUGCCUUCUCCCCCAAGAUGGGGCGAAAGCCAUUCAAGUCUCCGCCACUGAGUUUGUUGGAGCCAAUCUCCUUCACCAUGCCCAGCCACAUGCCGGAUGUUGUCAUCGGAGGGGGAGCAGGGAGUGUAGGUCCUCCAGACUGGGCCAAAGGGAUGUCUGGCACCAGUGAAGCCACAAGCAGGUCCCCACCCCACCUGGUGGUGUCCCCCUUGAAGGCCACUGAGGGGAGAGCAAACGAAGGAUGCCAGCUGGAGUUCCAGAGUCAAGGAGAUGCUAAGAAGCCGGAGCUUCUAGAAGAGGUGGAGCAACCCCUGAACAGCAGCCAGAGUAAGCCUGUACCUUCUGCACAGACACAGCCAGGUACAGUUUGCCCUCGACUCCCCCAGGAUCCUGUUCCAGUCAAUUCUGUCUCUGUUGUCCCUCCUCCUCCUCCUCCGAAAAACGCUGCACGCAUUCUAGCCUUAGCCCUGGCAGAGUCUGCCCAACAAGCCUCUGCUCAGUCCCAGAAGAAGCCAGAUGUUCAUUCUGACUGUACCAGUGCGGCAGAGACUGAAAGCGGAGGAACUGUAGAAAUGUUCCAUCCGUGUUCUGGCAUCACUCCAGAAAAGCUCCACCUCUAUGCUGCUUUGCCAGAGAACCAGCUCACUUUUCAGGCAGCUGCACUUGGAGAGCACCACAGAAGUGGGUUACCUGUAGACCAGGCACCUCAAAUCAGUGGCAUGCCUGAGGGCAGCAAUCACUUACAUGGCACACCUGGAAAUCGGGACCAUCCCCUCCUCCCUCCUGAAAUGUCUGGAGAUGUUCACAGUGGCACGAACAUGAGCUGGGACCACACCCACUUCCAUCCUUGUAUGUUGGGAGACAACCACCACCUUGCUCAUUCUGUUACGCCUGAGGACCAGAAACACCCUCCUCCUCCUCCCCCUCCACCUCAUCAUCAUCAUCCCUGUGCAAGAGGAGCAGUUCAAUCAGAACCACCUACAGCAGAGAUACCCAUGGAGAACCCUCAUCUCCACACUUGCCUCCCUUUGGACAAGACCCAAAUUCAUGCCAGCAAGCUCCACUUUCCUGUCUGCACAGCAGACAAAGCCCAGUUCCCUCCUGUCACUGCUGGGGAGAAAGCAGCUGCAACCGUCCUGGCAUACAUGAUGAUAAAGAACCAGACAGCAGCAACAGAAACGGAUCCUGGAGUAGUCAGCCCAAAUAUUCCUCCUCAGCCGACCACAGUCACCACCAGCAGCAGCAGCAGCACAUGGGGAGAAGCACCGCUCAUGGCUGCUCAGCACGCUCUGGCUGGCAGCCAGCAAGCUCCAGUGCACAGACCAGGGGACCAUCAGCCAGCUGUGGGGCAAGCCCCAGCUGCAGCUACAAAAGCUUCCACUGGAUUCAGUCAGGUACGAGGAGAGGCACCUCCUGAGAAGCUGCCCGAGCCUAGAUCAGCUGAGCCAGCCCCCAUUUUCGUCACCGAGGGCAGUGCCACGAUCCAGUGCACUUCCGCCACUCCUCAUGUCACGCUUCACCCAGGCCACUUGGAAAAGCCUCGAGAGAAUGCCAGGGCCCCCCCACUGCAGCUGAGGUCUGACUCAGUCCCAGCUCAGCCCUCCUAUGGAUUUACACCUCCGGUGCCGCCCGUGAGGACGAUGGAGAGUAAAAUUGCAGCAGCCAUGCAUUCCAACAACGUGGACCCCAUGAAUGCUGCCAGUUACCACUCCUUUGUGGCUGCAUCCACGCUGCCGCCACCCGUGGAGGAAGCUCCGCCCCCACCUCCCCCUCCGAAACACACCUCUCUUCAGUCUGCCUAUUUCUCCCACUCCAAGCCAGAGAGCUCCCCUGAGCCCCCCGUGAUGGAGAACUACGUGCAUCACAAGCCGACAUCCACCCACCAGUACAGGGCUGAAAGCAUCCCGCCCCACCUCUACCACAGCAAGUCUGAGCAGCACCCUGGCUACCCCUCGCUGUCGGAGACCCCCACGUCCAUGGGCCCCAGGUACAACACCUACGCCACUCAAGGGAAGAGCGCGUCCGUCCAUCAUGCCAAGCCUCGCAGCCGAGUGGAGUACUUGUCCUCCAUGAGCCCCACCAUGAGGAGCACGAGUUACGUGGAGGAAACGCCCCCCUACCCCUCCAUCCGGAGAGUGCACUCACUCCACGUCUCUGCUCCCUCAGCCAUCCGGUCAGUCCCCAUCUCCCGCACCGAGGUGCCUCCUGACGACGAGCCCUUGUAUUGCCCAAGGCCCCUCUACCAAUAUAAGCCAUAUCAGCCCCACACAGAUUACCAUGUCACUCAGCUGCAGCCUUACUUUGAGAACGGGCGGGUCCAUUACCGGUACAGCCCCUAUUCAAGCUCCUCCGGCCCCUCCUGCUACUCGGCGGCCGACGGUGGGUUUUAUGACCUGGACCCUUACGGCACGAUGAGGCUGAGGCCGCUGCACCCACUCCCGGGCAGAGACUUUGCGUCCUACUCCCGACUGCAGACCAAGAGUUUGUAUCGCUGUCCUGGCCUGCCUCCCUACCCCCGAGGAGGCCUCGCUGGACACCUGGCGGGCAAGGAGCACAGUUUCAUUAGCAGGGAUGUGCCGCCUGCGCCUGACGCCAAGCCCAUGUACGUCUCUUGGGACUUGGAGGACAUGGAGAAGUACCGGAUGCAGUCCAUUCGCCGAGAGAGCCGCGCACGCCAGAAAGUGAAAGGGCCUGUCAUGUCCCAGUACGACAACGUCGCCCCUCUGCUGCAGGAUGAGCUGAGGACUGUGGACGUCGUUCACCUGCGCAGCAAAUCCGAUCCUGGGAAAACUGGACUCCUCACGGUUGCUGAUGGAAAGGAAGGGAAGUAUCCGGGCAAAGUAGUGCCCCCUGAAGGGGAGGAGCGCUAUUAUGUGCCACAUCCAGAACCGGACGUGGACAGAGCCCAUUACCACGGAAACUAUGGGAAUGGGCAGUCAGAGAAAGCGUCGCUCCCUCAAAAGCAAAGCAGCCUCAGGAGCAGGAAGCCGCAUGAGGCGGGCUGCAAUUCGUCUGAGCACAGGAUGCACCUGCCCCAUGAAGCCAGCCACAGGCAGCCACUGGAGUCUAAAAACGGGCCCCCUUAUGCUGACUACCGACCAAAGGGCCACCAGGAACCACCAGAAUCCACCGGGUACCAGCACUCCGGUGGGAAGUACGCCCCAGCCAGCCACGAUGCCUUGAGACUGAACCACAAAGAGGUGAAGCUGGCAGAGGACAGGCCUGAUAUGGAGAGACAUCGGGCCAGGCCGCCUGCCGCUGCUGAGAAACACGCCCGGGACUGCUUUAAAGAGGGCGAGCACUACGGACAGCCCGCAGCACCACCCCCUAAGCCGGAACGGAGCCACAGCCUCCGGCUCCAGCACCCCGAGAGCAUAGAGCGGGACGCUGCCCUCAUCUACCCAUACCAAACCCUUGGCAAGCGCCAAAGCACUAUGACGGUGGUGUCCCAGUAUGAUAACUUGGAAGACUACCAUACCAUGCCUCAGCACCAAAGAGGGGGUUAUGCUGCAGGAGGGGGCUUGGUCCCUCCCUUGGCUCAUCCACAUAGUAGGACUUACGCCACAGCCUUGGGACAGGGAGCAUUCCUGCCCACAGAGCUCUGCCUGCAGAGGCCCGAGACUGAGAUCCAUGCAGAGUGAGCUCCGGGGCAGAAGGUAUAGAGUGUAAGCAGCCUCUGCUGGACAGUGGACUGGUUUAUUUUUUCAGUGAUACACACACACAAAGUACCCCAUCGAAGCAACUCCCUUUCCAUUAGCGCCCCUCAGCUCCCUCCCCUCCAGCCCCCAUGCCGCUUACUGUUUUUUAUAUCGUAAAUGUAUAGUUUUAUCUUACAUGGUCUAAAAAGUAGGUUGCAGCAGUCUUGCAGGCUUUUGUUAACCUCGAAGACAAAAUCAGUCUCCAGGCAGCGCAGAAACAGAGAUUGAGAUUCAGGGGUCAUGCUGUAAAUGGUUCUCACUUUCCUUAGAUUUUGAACAGUGGCAUUUCCCAUAGCUUUGACACUUUGCUUCAGAGCCCUGUGCAUGAUGUAUGUAUUGAUAGGAUGAUGCAGACAUUUCUUCUCCAGGUAAACUUCCCUUGUAUGUGAUCACUAGAGAGAGAUUUAUUGAAUGGCAAGAUUUAGUAAAUAUUUUAAUGUGGUUCUUUUAGGCUUAAUGCACCAAACUCUGGGAAAAGACUAUUUCGCAUUAUUUCUUCCCUUCUGCAAUCCCAGAUUUUAUUUUAUUUUUAAAGCAAUGGUACCUUUCUGCUUAAAAUGUUCUUCCAGUGCUUCUUAGACCCAAUCUAAUAAGAAAUAUGUCCAUUGAUAGCAGUAAGAUGUGACCCUACUGGUAGCUGGGAAAGAGGUGUUGCCCAGGUAAAUUCUUUUUUCUUAAAAGGUAAAGGUAAAAAAACACAUAAGAAACUACUUCAUCAAAUAUUGAGAAAUCCAGGGUGGGGGUCUGGGGAGAGAGAAACUCAGCAUUGAUAUUGUUGUAAAUGGUGCUUUGGUUUGAUAAGCGAGAGCUGCAUUUCUUAGCUUCUUACAGCAAGUGCGUUUCCUAUAGCAGACUCUUUCUGCUGGGUGAAGUGGCAGAAGAGUUGGGCUCUGGCCCACCGCCCAGGAAUUUCAACAAGGCAGGCCUGCGAGAGAUAAGCUGUUUAACCUCCCUGCUACAUAUCAUUCCAUCAUCAGUUAACAAAGUAAAUCUGUAGUUCUGCCUGGUGGUUCCCUGAUCAUUGCUGGUUCUCUAUGAGUCGUGACAAAGGCCUGGGCAUGUAAGUGUGGAUUUAGUGACCAAGUCCUCCACCGUAUGCACCUCCCUCAUCAUGUCAGUAAGGCAAACCACUCUGUGAAUUUAGACUGCUGAUUCUCCACACGCUGCUGUUGAUGCAUCAGUGCAUUGUUAUCUCCCAUGUUUUGUUUUGUUUUUUAAAAAAGAUCCUCGUGGAAGCAAGAUAGCGUUUUAGUUUGCUUUUCUAGUGAAGUUAUAUGAAUAUGCAGUGCUUUUUAAACGUGUUGUCCUUGCUGGAACAGGAACCAAUAGAUGCCUCAGGAUUCCCACUUUACCUUGUAAGAGUCAGAGCAAUGAAGGCUCUUGCCAUGCAGCCACCAUGGAAACACGUGACAUUCCAGCAGACAAGACGCAGUGGGUUUUGCUUGGUUUUUACGACCUUGAAAUGAGAUGCAGAAUGUCCAGAGCCCAGCCCAAGGUGCAGUGUGUUUUCUUGUUCUUGAACGCCGAAGCUCUGUAGCAGGGCUGAAGUCCAGAAGAAGUAUCCAGCUGGGGCAUCUCUCUGCCCUAGGCCCUUUCCGCUAGCACCAGAAGAAAGGAAUUGGAUCAAACCACCUUGGAACUGAAGUUUUUGUCCAACAGCAUUCCAUCUUUAAAAUGAUAAGAGAAAUAUUUUACAGGGCACAAAGCACUUCUCAAAGACAGCUUGUCAUUUUGUUCUUUGGAUUUCCCAAUAUUGUCUGGGGUUGUUACAAUAAGAAUAGCUUGUCUCUCUUGGUUUUGAUUAUUUUCAUGAUUUGGUAAUUCUUAUUUUAGGGGCAUUGCUCCUGACUGUGUUAAAUAUAAAUUUAGUGGCCAGAAAACUCACUGUGAACCAGGUUUACCUCAGCCUCCGCCCCCUGCCCUGGUAAGGAAGUUAAACAUUUUUUUGUUUUGCAGUUGAAAGGAGAAAUCUCUAAAUAGGACCAUUCCAGUUUGGCAGUUGUAUGGAGCAAGCUUGCUUUGCUUUCUACAAGCGAUCAAAUUAGCUAUCCUCCUUUGUGCAGAGUAGCAGAAGAAGCCUUACCGUGGCCUGCACAGACUUCCCCCGAAGUUCAUUUGAUUUUGGCAUCCAGCCAUGUUAAGUUCUUCAGCCUCUUGCAAUGGCUGUGUUGCUCUCUAUUGAGGUUCUGUCCAGAGUUCCAGCAGGCACAUCCCAUUAUGUUGAGAAUAUUUUGAGGUUCAGGUAGCGAGGGCUACAGGACAAGCCUCUGUCUUCUUGAAAGCCUUAAUUUUCCUUGUAUCCUCUCCAUAUAUCAGCCUUACAUUAUCUGCCCUCCAGGUAAGAUCAGGACCAAGCCAACUUCCUGUAAAUCAUAAUACAUUGUGGCAGCCCUAAGCAAACACUAAAAUUUCCCUCAGCUCACAAAUCUCAUCCCCCUGUAGAGAUAAAGUGCUCACACAGGUCAGAUUUUGAAUUCUACCACUUUCUGUAAUUCCCAUAACAGUGCUUAAACAGCAUACGAGUCCCCUUAGCCAGACCAUUUUGUCAGAGCAGUUUCAAAAUCAUGACAUUGAAUUUUAUCACCCCUCGCUUAAUCCACUUCACUUGGCUCUGUUUGUGUCUAAUCACCAACAUGACUUGGAGGCUGUUGGUCCAGAAAGUGUUGUGCAAUGGUGUGGCAGUACAGCCUUGAGUGUAAAAGGAAGCGAUUAAAUUCGGAACUGUUUCCUAAGCUUGAAGGAGCAGUGACAAUCGCCCUCUUUCCCUGUACAUUUUUGCCACUCGAGUAGCUGGUACCUUUAAAAAACAAAACAAAACCCUCUUCCCCUCACCUAAGAAAGCCAUAAAAUUAACUAUGCAGUCCUUCUCAUGUGCUGUGGUUAAUUUUGGGACUCUCUAACCAUUAGAGAAAAGUCUCUUGCCCCAUUCCAUGUUUCUGUGUGUUUGAACCCAACCACAGCUCUGCUCUCACCACAGAGGGAAUAGCAAGCGGGAAGGAAGUGGUCAGGUCACCUCUCAUACCAGUGGAAGAGUAGAGGAAUGCCUGCAAGGGAAGACAGGCUGAAUGAGGAAUUCAACUUAAAUCAGCCAUAAAUUCCAGCCCUUUGUCACCUGUAGCAACCUGACCUCUGGCCUCACCUGGCAGGUUCUUGCUCCUUUUUGUCACUCACUGCCUUUACCUUAAUUGCCAUUUGCUGAACUUUCAGCGGAGCUUGCUUUUUUCCACCGUUGGAUAUCCAGAUUUGAAUUCCCUCGCAGUUAGGGUGCAUGCAUCUUAAGUCCUGAGUUUCCCUGUCUGUUCAGAGGGGAAUCAGGUCCUGCUCAUGAUAGGCACCUUGAGCAGAUCUAGCAGGUACUUCUCACCUUCCUGGUUCCUCCUUCCUUAACCCUGCUUACUCCCCAGUCUGCACCUGUUUCCUCCUCUGUAAAGUUCUUCCUCUUGCUGUCCUUGCUUCUUCGUCUACUGUACCCCCACCCCCGGUGUCCCACCUCACGCAGCUCCACUCUUGGCCCAGACAUCUCCUUGUCCUGUCCAGCCGGGUAGUUGCGCAGAGGCAGCAGCUGCCAGCCACACUCCCCUCAAAAUCAGGUUAAAAUUUUAUGCAGAGGACAGUGAAAACAUUGUGCCUAUGUCUUUGCAGACAAAACCGGGGAGGGGGCUUAUUCCUCAGAGGGGGUGGGGGUGGGUCUCAUCAAGAAUUGCACAGCCGUGGCAGAAAUUGCCACACAAAGCCAAAACCCACUUUGAACUCUGAUCCCUUUUGGAAGAGCGAGUUUUGGGCCCUUGCAUACUCUUCCCCCAUCCCACCCCCAGUUCACCUCCUUAGGUACGUUGAUGAUAAAGUGUUGACUGACUGCAGUGUGACAUUAUAUGUCAGGGAACAGAGUGGUAGGUUCUGGGUUUCUGUUUUCCUUUCUAAAGGUGGCUUCGGCAUGACAUUUUCUCCAGACCCUUGUGCUACGGAAACUGAGGCGAUGGGCAUGGAAGAGUUUAACAUGUGCUCAGUAACUUCAGUGUCUUCAGUAAGUUUUCUAGUGCGUAGUUCCAGUGCAAAACGAACAAGAAAUGGUUGUUGUGCCGUUUAUUUUCCUGCUGUGGAAAGCUCGAGUCAUUUUUGAGCCACAUGAGAGAACCAUCCCAGGGAAGUCUUGGGUGAUCUCCAAGUGUUCUCUUCUCUUUAAUUUAUAUAGUGUCUUAUUUUUUAUUCUCUCUUCUUCUUUUUACACUUUUGUGUGUGAAAACUGGUGUAAAAUGUAUAUGCCGAUGAACUCAUGCUCUUUCAUGUAAAUAUUUUGUGGCACUCCCACCCAUUCCUUGUAAAUACUUAGAUUCUCAUUUUCUCCACACUGUUAAGAGGCGAGUGUGCUCGGUUUAUUUUUAUUUUUUAAUUUUUAAUUUGUACUGUAAUGCUAUGAUCAAGAGUUGAGGUGUCUUGUGCUAUUAAAACAAACAAACCUAACAGUCCCACAAAAGUCAGAUGUACAACUCAACAAUUAAUGAAGCCAGGUUAAAACCUA